UUGGGGCUGGCAGUGAAUGAGAGGGCAGAGCUUCCCCUCUGAAUGAGCUUCCUCCUCCUCCACGCCCACAUAAAGAAAGAGCAGCCCAGGCAACGGUCACAAACGCUUCAACUCGGCUCAGGGAAGCGCCGUCUGGCUGCCGCUAAACUCCACUACCGCCUCCAUUCACCAGAGGACAAGCAAACAGUGGAUUUCUCUACUGUGAAGUCGACAUCUCUGGAAAGCCAGCGCGCUCUUUCCCAGCAUAUGGACCUAACCACAAAUUUUCCCAGGCCGAGUUGAGGACGUGAUGGGCAUUGCGGAAUGAUUGUAGCAUUCUCCCAGCCAUUGUGAAGGCGGCAAGCACCCGCCACCAUGACUUUCUGGGGCCCACUGACGGCACUGUGACUCUGAGGAGAUGGUUCUAUGUCCCCUGUGCCGUGCAGGAUUGAUACAAUGGCACUCGGACAUGCUGGUCAUUUGAAUAAUUACAAGAGCAUCGACCACACGGAGUCAAUCACUUCCAAUCGGACCUGACAAAGGAAGGCAGGAAGCAGGUCCAUAAGAUUGCAGGAUGUUUAUGAAUUUCAGGAGGAUCAGGAAGUGUCAAUGCGUGCAGCUGGUGACAACAUGCUUCAUCCUGUCUAUUGUGAUGGUGUGCUGGGAGCAGCUGGACAACAAUGUGGUGAGCCACAUGAAGUCCUAUUCUUACCGCUACUUAGUCAACAGCUACAACUUUAUCAACAAGAGCUUUGCCAUUAGCCGCCAGGACGCGGACAGUCUGAGCAGCUACCCCUACCUCAUCAACCACCGGCACAAGUGCGCCGAGAGGGACGUGCUCCUGCUGCUGUUUGUCAAGACGUCCCCGGAGAACGUCAAGAGGCGGCGGGCCAUCCGCUCCACCUGGGGGAAUGAGACUUACAUCCGCCAGGAGCUGGGCGCCAGCGUGAGGGUGGUGUUUGCCCUGGGGGUCCACCCAGACCCGCAGCAGAGGGACGGCGCCCAGCGGGCUCUCCUCAGGGAGGACCGGAGGCACCGGGACCUGGUCCAGCAGGACUUCGUCGACACCUUCCACAACCUCACCGUCAAGCUGCUGCUGCAGUUCCGCUGGGCCCACACCUACUGCAGCCACGCCCGCUUCUUCAUGUCAGCGGACGACGACGUCUUCGUCCACAUGCCCAACCUGGUUAGGUACCUGCGGGACAUGGACCAGAAGGGCGUGCGGGACUUCUGGAUCGGCCGCGUGCACAGAGGCGCCCCGCCCAUCCGCCGCAAGGACAGCAAAUAUUAUGUCCCUUAUGAGAUGUACAAGUGGUCCUCCUACCCGGACUACACAGCGGGGGCGGGGUACGUGGUCUCAGGGGACGUGGCUGCCAAAAUAUACCAGGCCUCACUGACGCUCAAUUCCUCGCUCUAUAUCGACGACGUCUUCAUGGGAAUCUGUGCCAAUGCCAUGGGGGUGUCACCUCAGGAGCACGUGUACUUCUCAGGAGAGGGAAAAGCCCCUUAUCACCCCUGCAUCUAUGACAAGAUGAUGACUUCCCACGGACACGUGAACGACAUCCACGACCUCUGGAAGGCGGCCACCAGCGUCGAGGUGCAAAAUGUCUCCAGCGGACUCCUCGGCAGGCUUUAUUGCACGGCGGUCCGAGCGGCCCUCCUCUGUAAACCAUACUAUGUGGACACCUACCCCUGCAAGUCUGCCUUUUUAUAGCUUGCGCUGACACUUCAGCAUCAAUCCGAGCGCGAGUCAGUAGCAAGUCUGAGCACGGGCAAUAGUGUGGCUUGAGGGCAGUAGUAUGGCAUAGAGGUAAGGAUCCUGGUUCAUAACCGAAAGGUUGCUGGUUCAAGUCCCCACUGGGGCAAGGUACUUA